UGCCACAGCUUAAACUUUAAUCCCAACUCUCCAGAAACGCUUCAGUUCCUUUUCCAUCGCAGAUAGAAGCUUAUGGGAGCACAGAAAUUUCCAGUUUUGUUCCUCUAUGUGGCUUAUUAACUGCCAAUUCCAUGUGGUGUGCUUCUACAUUCAGGUCAGUUUCCCAAAGAAAACUCUUCGGAAACAGUCAAUUUAUACGGUCUCGGGCAGUUUCAGCGCUAGCUCAGUUGACCCCAUGUUACUCGGACUCAAGUGCUGAUGAAUCAAUUUCAAUCCCUGAUAAAAGUGGCACUAAAAUCGAUGAUCCUGUUUGGGAGCUAAAUUCAUGUGGGGUCAUUGAAAUCCUCAAUAAUUUGAAAAAAGAACCCAUUUCUGCAUUGCAAAUAUUUAGGCAAUUGAAGGAGCGAGGUUUUAAGCAUGAUGUUGGGACCCAUGUUGCUAUUAUUAGGAUAUUAUGUUAUUGGGGUAUGGAUAUGAAGUUAGAUUCUGUACUGUUGGAGGUGAUUAAGUCGAGAAAAGAGCAUUUGGGUUUUGAUAUUUCGGAUUUGUUUGAAGCGUUGGUGGAAGGACUAAAUGUUGAGGGGUCGAAUUUGUUGGCUCGGGCUCUUGAAGCCAUGGUUAAGGCGUUUGUUAGUGUGGGUAUGUUUGAUGAGGCUAUUGAUACUUUGUUCCAGACGACAAGGCGUGGUUUUGGGGUGUCUUUGUUGGCGUGUAAUUAUCUGUUGAACCGGUUGGUUGAGUGUGGAAAGGUGGAUAUGGCAGUGGCUAUGUAUAAGCAGUUGACGAGGUUAGGUUUGAGUCCAAAUGUUUACACUUACGGUAUUGUGAUUAAGGCAUUCUGUAGGAAGGGUACUCUGGAGGAAGCUGUUGAUGUGUUUGAGAAGAUGGAGGAAGCUGGUGUGACCCCAAAUAAUUUUACUUAUUCCACAUAUCUGGAAGGGCUUUGCUCACAUGGACGAUCAGAUUUGGGUUAUCAAGUGUUGAUAGCCUGGAGUAGAGAAAGUGUGCCUAUGGAUGCAUAUGCUUAUACGGCUGUGCUGCGUGGUUUUGUUAAUGAAAAUAAACUAAAAGAAGCAGAGGAGGUAUUGCUUAAGAUGGAGGAGCAUGGACUAAUGCCUGAUCAAUUUUGUUAUGGUGCCUUGAUUCGAGGCUAUUGCGAGGUUGGAAAUAUAAUUAAGGCUCUGGCUUUCCAUAACGAAAUGGCAGCUAAAAAUAUCAGAACUAAUUGUGUAAUUGUCAGCUCAAUUCUUCAAUGCCUGUGUCAGAUAGGCAUGUUUGGUGAGGCAGUCGAUCAGUUCAAGAGCUUUAACGAUCUAGGAAUUUACCUUGAUGAGAUUGCAUAUAAUGUUGCAAUUGAUGCUUUAUGCAAACUUGGAAAAGUGGAAGAAGCUGUGAGAUUGCUAGAUGAGAUGAGGUGUAAGAAAAUGGUUCCAGAUGUUGUGAACUACACCACAUUGAUUAAUGGGUGCUGUCUUGCAGGAAGAGUUUCCUGUGCAUUAGACUUACUUGAGGAGAUGGAGCAGAAUGGUCUGAUGCCUGAUAUUGUUACCUAUAAUGUUCUUGCCGGUGGGUUUUCUAGAAACGGACGUGUUAAAGAGGCAUUGGACCUUGUAAAAUUCAUGAAAGAGCAAGGUGUGGCCCCAAACACCACAACAUACAACAUGAUCAUCGAAGGCUUAUGUAUUGGCGGGAAGGUAAAGGAAGCUGAAAAGUUUUUUACUAGUUUGGAAGAUAAGUGUUUAGAAAAUUAUGCUGCUUUGAUUGAUGGCUAUUGUGAAUCAAAUCACACAGAAGCGGCCUUUAAACUAUUCCUUAGGCUUGCAAAGCAUAGAGCUGUGGUAAAAAGAAGUUCUUGUCUAAAACUUCUCAGUUGCCUUUGCACAGAAGGCGAAUAUAACAAAGCUAUAAAGUUAUUUGAUUUAGUGCUGUCUUCUGUUGAAGGCCCUUGUGAGAAAAUGUGUACUAAAGUUAUUGCUGCUCUCUGUGGUUCUGGAGAUAUGAAGAAGGCACGGUGGGUGUUUGAUAAUAUGGUUGCCAAGGGGUUAACUCCAGAUGUUAUUACCUACACAAUAAUGUUGAAUGGUUAUUGUAGGGUGAAUUGCUUAAAUGAGGCUUGUGAUCUUUUUAAUGAUAUGAAGGAGAGAGGUAUAACUCCUGAUAUCAUCACUUACACUGUUUUGCUGGAUGGAUAUUCAAAGAUUAAUUUUAGAAGGGAAAAAAGAUUUGGAAAGGAAGGCCAAAAGAAAGACAUUUCUCCUUUAUUGGUUGAAAUGAAGGAGAUGAAUUUGAAAGCUGAUGCCAUCUGUUAUACUGCUUUAAUUGACACUCAUUGUAAAUCGAACAAUCUUCAAGAUGCUAUUGACCUUUUUAAUGAAAUGAUUGAUAUUGGUCUAGAACCUGAUACUGUAACUUAUAGUGCCCUGCUAUGUGGGUAUUGUAAGAGGAGAGAUGUGGAUAGGGCUGUAAGUCUAGUCAAUGAGAUGUCAUUAAAGGGAAUAGAACCAGAUAGCCACACCAUGUCAACAUUAUACCAUGGUAUCUUAAAGGCCAAGAAAGUACAGUUCCGGCAUAAGAAAUCUGCUGACUUUACUGAUAUGGGAGAUUGAAGGAGCAGAUAGCGUAUUUGUGGGAAAUGGGAAUAGCACUGUCUUUGAGGCCUUCUCAAGUCUUACACUGCCUGAUACAGUUGAUUUGGCAAGAGGAACAAGCACCACGAAGUUUAGAUCACACUUUGCCCAGGAACAUUAGAAUGUAAAACCAGGAGAUCAAGGAGUUCAGAUUGCUUACAUUCUUGAGAUUCAGUGAGCAGGUCAAAAGCAAAUUAGGUUAUUAGAUCACAGUGGUUUAUGUUGAUCAGCAAUCCUUGGUAAAUUGAUAAGAAUGCUGAUGAGUGUCCCAUGCAGCUAUUCUGUGUAGAUUCCAUCUUUCAAAUUGAAUUGCUUUUGUCAAUCAUGGCAUGCUGAUGAGAAACGUGAAGUGAGAAAUUCAUCUGUUUGAAAUCAUUUUUUCAGGGAAAAUAAGUAGGCUGCAAUUAUGGCCUUUCUGGAGAGAAAUUUCUUUUAAUGAUGGAGUCAAUAGAGAGAAGCAUAACUUCGAAAUGUUAUAACCAUCCCUAAUUUAUCCAUGAAGGUUUUUUUUCUUAUCUGAAAAAGAUCAAACUGCAAUAGAAGUUGGAAGGUGCAAGAGAAGGUAUGCCUUUCAGAUUCUUAUUGGCAUUUGAUAAUAGGCUAGGAGCCUAAUACAUUGGUUCAUUGCAUCUUAGAUGUGAAAUACUGAUGAAUGACCCAGAAUAUACACAAGAUCAUGCCAAUCAGAAGCUUGUAAAAACAAAUGCAUCCACAAGGUUAAUCAAGAGACUUGCAAAGCUCUUACCUGGUUUCUGUGUAUGACCGCAGAUAUUGGAGCAUCAUGUUUCUGAUAUUUCUGGCUGGCGGAUGCAAAUAUUUUGUGCUUCUGCUGGAGGAUUAAAGUAGUAUUUUAAAGACUUCGGCUAUCAUUUGGCCAAGCUGAAGCUUGGAUAUCCGUCAGCAAUCUGCUAGUCCUCCGUCCUAGUUAUGUUGUUAUUUGUGCAUAGCGAUGGCUGACAUCGGUAGAAGCUCAAAACCUUGCACAUACUGCAUCAACUUCCCUCACAAGUUAGUAUAGAAGUCCAUUGUACCUUGCAAUACGAAAAAACAGGAAGCAAAAUGAGUUUGAGAAAGAUAACAGGAUUCUCGUGUUGUUGAUUCUGUUUGUUAAUGUAUGGGGAUUGUACUUUCAAGGCAUCAAAUAAAAGAGU